CUCUGCGCCCGGGCCGCCUCCUCGGCCUAUAACUGAGCCCCCGGGCUCCUCGCUCCCACACGGCCCCCACCGGACCCGUGCAGCCGCUUCGCCCCUUGCUUUGGACCUCGGGCCUCACUUCUCCUCCAGAUGGACCCCAAGUGCUCCUGCCCCACUGGCGGCUCCUGCAGCUGCGCUGGCUCCUGCACCUGCAAGGCCUGCAGAUGCACCUCCUGCAAGAAGAGCUGCUGCUCCUGCUGCCCCGUGGGCUGCGCCAAGUGUGCCCAGGGCUGCGUCUGCAAAGGGGCCUCGGACAAGUGCAGCUGCUGUGCCUGA